AAUCUAUAAGUUACAGUCACACAGGAAGUGAUUAUGUGAUUUCAUUCACAGUUCAUUAUGCAACAUGCAUACCUAUCGCAAUUAUCUGGAACUACGUUUUUAUGGUUAUAUAGACUACUUAGUGUGUUGUUCUCAUGCAACAUGGUUGCUACAGCUAACAUUUACAUCUUGCAGUACCAUGCUUUUCUAUUAUUUCAUAAUUAUGUUCAUGAAUUUAUUUUGAUCCAUAUAAUCAUGCACAUCUAUUUCUACAGUAUUGGUGUUAAAGCAGCAAAGGCUGCUGGAAUGAAUGUGGUAGCUGUCCCCUCAGUACAACUUGAAACUGAUCAAUAUUCCAUCGCUGAUACUGUGCUUCAUUCACUUCUGGAGUUCCAGCCGGAGCUAUGGGGUCUUCCACCAUUUGAAGACUGGGUGGAUAAUGCCUUACCAGUUGAACCCAUUUAUCUGAAAGGUUUAUAUAACGAUGGGCAUCUCCGUGAUUUUGCAGAUGAUGAACUAUCUGCUCUUCCUGAUCAAGUUUCGGGACUUUAUUUUGGUUGGGCCAAACUCAACACACAAGAGAUCUUCAAGGUUGUGAUCAACAUCGGAUGGGAACAUAAUUGCUGUACAAUUGAUAGAAAAAUUCAAGCAUGUCUACUUGAUGGAAGCAACGACGACAUAUUUGAUCAGAAGAUGCAAGUAUUGCUUGUUGGCUACAUCCGAGGAUUGUGUAGCAUGGGAAAUAAAUCGGGUGAUAUUGGAAUACUUGAAGAAGACAAGUUAAUUGCCAAUGCUUCCUUGGAUUUACCAGCAUUUGCUAAUCGAAGCUGCAUAGCUUUCUUGUCAGAAGUUGCUUGUGAGGAUGACUCUGCUGUUUCAGAUGAUACUGAAUAA